UGAAUCUGGAAACAGCCUUACAACAAAUAGGGUGCCUCUAUAGUCGGGGAAAGCUCCCUAGUUGAAGGUUGUAAAAAAAACUCCAAGUUAUAUAAAAUAUUAAAUAAAAACUACAAACUUAGACAUCGCUCCUCUCUCUCUAAAAAUCUCCGGCGGUUCUUCAGUUGAACCUUGGAGAUCUCCUCUCUCUCUCUCCCAUUUUCCUUUCCAUUUCGGAUCUGAUAGGAAUAGACUUCGUCAGUGUUGAAAUCACGAGAAAUUGAUGGCUGCUCCACCGGCAAGAGCUCGUGCGGAUUACGAUUAUCUCAUAAAACUUCUCUUGAUUGGCGAUAGUGGUGUUGGAAAGAGUUGCCUUCUUCUACGAUUCUCUGAUGGUUCUUUCACAACUAGUUUCAUCACAACCAUAGGCAUUGAUUUUAAGAUAAGAACCAUUGAGCAGGAUGGAAAACGGAUCAAGCUCCAAAUUUGGGAUACUGCAGGUCAGGAGCGGUUCCGAACAAUUACAACUGCUUACUAUCGUGGUGCUAUGGGCAUAUUGCUAGUCUAUGACGUUACAGACGAAUCUUCAUUUAACAAUAUCAGGAAUUGGAUUCGUAACAUUGAGCAGCAUGCUUCAGAUAAUGUUAACAAAAUACUGGUGGGGAACAAAGCUGACAUGGAUGAAAGCAAACGGGUUGUGCCUACCUCCAAGGGCCAAGCACUGGCCGAUGAGUAUGGCAUCAAAUUCUUUGAAACAAGUGCAAAGACAGAUCUAAAUGUGGAGGAAGUUUUCUUCUCUAUUGCAAGAGAUAUAAAACAAAGGCUUGCUGACACUGACUCUAAGGCAGAGCCAGCAGGAAUUAAAAUCGACAACCAAAAAGAUCAGGCAACGGCAGGGGAAGUUGCACAAAAGUCAGCUUGCUGUGGUUGAGGAGGCAACAUUACUGUCCAAGAACAAGAAGGAAGGAGGAAAAUACAUGCAUGAUGAUAAAUUGAUGAUGAUUCGUGCUUUGCAUUUUACGCUGUCAUUCUUUAAUAGUUUCUUUCCUAGAUUAAGUUAUAUAUUAAUUCAAAGCUAGAUAUGAUUGUAUCAAAUCCAUUGAUCGUUGAUAUUUUGAAUGGAUAAUUGCAUUGAUAUUCUUUAAAACUUAAUAAAAUUAUAGACGACCCCAUUCUUAGUUUUAAAAAA